AUGUCGGAUAGGGGAGCAUUUGAUACAAAUGUGGUGACCCUCACCAGGUUUGUUUUGGAAGAGGGCAGAAAAGCCAAAGGUACAGGGGAACUUACAACCCUCCUCAACUCCAUGUGCACAGCGAUCAAAGCCAUUUCCUCUGCUGUCAGAAAAGCUGGUAUUGCCAAUCUAUAUGGAAUUGCGGGAAGCACAAAUGUAACAGGUGACCAGGUGAAAAAAUUGGACAUCCUGUCCAAUGAUCUGGUUAUAAACAUGAUCAAGUCCUCUUUCACUUCCUGUGUUUUGGUGUCUGAGGAAGAUGAAAAAGCCAUUAUUGUAGAACCAGAGAAAAGGGGCAAAUAUGUGGUUUGCUUUGACCCUCUGGAUGGUUCCUCAAACAUUGACUGCUUAGCUUCAAUUGGAACGAUAUUUGCAAUCUACAAAAAGGAAACUGAUGAUGAGCCGUCAGAGAAGGAUGCUCUGCAGAGUGGCAGAAACAUAGUGGCAGCAGGGUAUGCUCUUUAUGGCAGUGCUACCAUGCUGGUUCUUUCCACUGGUCAAGGAGUCAACUGCUUUAUGCUUGAUCCUGCUAUCGGUGAGUUUAUGCUUGUGGAUAGAGAUGUGAAGAUUAAAAAGAAGGGAAAGAUCUACAGUCUGAAUGAAGGCUAUGCACAGUAUUUUUAUCCAGAUGUCACGGAAUAUCUCCAAAAGAAGAAAUUUCCAGAGGAUGGAAGUUCACCCUACGGAGGGCGCUAUGUGGGCUCUAUGGUUGCUGAUGUGCACAGGACACUGGUCUAUGGCGGAAUUUUCCUGUACCCUGCUAAUUGCAAGAGCCCUAAGGGCAAGCUAAGGCUGUUGUACGAGUGCAACCCCAUGGCCUUCAUCAUGGAGCAGGCUGGAGGUAUGGCGACAACAGGAGCCAUGAAUGUUCUGGACGUCAAACCUGACACAAUUCACCAGAGGGUUCCUGUGGUGCUGGGCUCUCCGAAUGAUGUGCAGGAAUAUAUCUCAAUCUUCAAGAAACAUUCCAAAUAAGAUGCAACCAGCAGGUUGACCAUCUUUUGCCAUCUACUACUGCCAGUAUCACUGUGAAAACUUAAGUGAAACCCAAGGACAUGACGUUUCAUGUGUCUAUAUAUUGGGUAUAAGUUUUUUGCUUGUUUUCUAGUUUUAUUUUCAUAAAUGUUUGUGCUGGGUUUAUUUUGUACAUUUC